AUGGAUCCAUCAAGUUUUUCAAAUGCUGAUAAAAUUGCCACAACCAAUUUCCAACUUGAUGUGACUGUAGAUUUCGAUAAAUCUUCUAUCUCAGGAACUAAUACUUUGACUUUCUAAGUCUUAUUCGAUGGUGUAACUGAAAUCGUUCUUGAUUAUCAAGGCCUUGAUAUAUCACUAUGUGAAGUGAUGGGUUAAGAUGGCAAGUUCAAUCAGGUUGAAACAGAUACUCAUUUUGACAAUAAUCUCGGAUCUGCUAUUAAACUUUACCUUACUGAUAGUAAUUAACAAAUCAAAUUAAUUUAUAAUUUAGAGGUAAUUACAGGAUAAUCAGUUGUAGCUAGAAUCACCUAUGCAACAAAUAAAGACUCCUAGGCCAUAAAUUGGUUAACUGAGGAGCAAACUACAACGAAGAAACUUAAAUAUCUUUUCACACAAUGUGAACCUAUCCAUUGUAGAUCAGUGGCACCUCUAUAGGAUACACCAUCAAUCAAAACAACUUAUUCAGCUAAUGUUAGAGUUAAGGAUCCCUAUGUUGUUAAAAUGAGUGCAGAAGAAACUGAUCCAACUAAGAAUACUGAUGGCACAACAACUUAUCACUUUAAUUAAGCAAUAAAGAUACCAUCGUAUCUGCUAGCUAUGGCUGUCGGAAAUAUUCAAUACUAAAAGAUAGGUGACAGAACAGGAGUAAUCUCUGAACCUGGUGAAAACGCCCUUGAUAAAUAUGUAGUUGAAUUAAAAGAUCUUGAAACUUUACUUGACGAGACUGAGAAAUGGCUUACUAAGUAUAUUUGGGGAAAGUAUACUAUAUUAAUUCUACCAGCUUCUUUUCCUUUUGGAGGUAUGGAAAAUCCUCUCCUAACCUUUGCGUCGCCAACUAUCAUAGUAGGAGAUGGGUCCCAAGUUUAUGUUGCAACCCAUGAAAUUGCUCACUCAUGGACUGGUAAUGAUGUUACUUGUAGAGACUGGUCAAAUAUGUGGCUAAAUGAGGGUUUUACUGUUUUUGAAGAGAGAAAAGUCUCUGAAAUUCUUCACAAAGAUGAGCCAGAUUUCGCACUUCUUGAAGCUCAGCUUGGUAAUGUUGAUCUCUGGGUAGAUAUUAUGAACUAUGGAGUAGAUAACUCUUACUCAAGUCUUUAUCCACAAUUGAAUGGCCACUCUCCAGAUGAUUCAUUCUCAGAACUUCCAUACGAGAAAGGAUUUUAAUUCCUUACUUAUCUUGAGUCACUGAUGAAGACAAAGGAUGAUUUCUAGGAUUUUAUCAGAGCCUACAUUCUCAACCAUCAGCAGCAAAGUAUAACCUAUUUAGAGUUAAAAGCAUUCUUUGAGAGUUACGUGACUACUAAAUAUGGCGCAGCCACAGCUCAAGGAAUCUUUGCUAAAAUCGAUUGGGACUCAUGGAUUAACAAAGCAGGAAAGAAUCCCAAAGAGUGGAAUAUCGAUUUUACCACCGACUCGUAAAGGAAGUUUGAAAAGCUAGCAGAUGACUAUAUUGAUACUGGAGCUCGACCUGCGAAUUAUAAAGAUUAUGUAGACACUAAAGAUCCAUAGCUUAAGGUUAUCUUCUUAAAUAGACUUACAGCCAGAUAGAAUGAACUUACUUCAAGUCUAAUGAGUCUUAUUGAUUCUGACUUAAAUUGCACUUGGGAUAAGAAUCCAGAAAUCGGACAAAGAUGGCUUCCACUUGCCAUUACAAUGAAAUACGAAUAUGCAUACAACGGUGAUGACUCAGGUGCUCAUUACUAUAUCUCAUGGCAAGGGAGAAUGAAGUACAUCAACCCAAUCUACUAGCAAUUAGUUAGAUAUGGAAGAAGAGAUCUUGCCUACAAAUGGUUCAAGCAAUACUAGAAUUUCUAUCAUCCACUAGCUAUUGCUGGUCUUAAAAAGAUUAUCUUUGCAUCAGCAACUGAAGAAGAAAAUCUUAUGCUACAAAGAGCUGAAAAAGCUGUAAACUUGGGUCUUAUUAAACUCUGA